GUAAAUAGUAGACAUUUUACAAUUGACACCGGGCACAAGCACCUUUUGUCUGCGGGAAGUUUCUUAACUCGGAAAAAGCAGAUUCAACGAUCAAAAUGUUGAAGUUUGUUGUUCGUACGCGUCCAAGGUAUAUGAGUGCCACUCUGGGGUUCGGUGGCGGCCCUUCAGCCCGUAUAGAACGACUUCGUAGAACAGUUACUGCUGUAGUCCGAUAUGAACGAAUAGAAUCUUACUACCAUCGUCUUGACGAAGCUAGAGGUUACACAGAAAGACUACUUCAGUUGGCCAUUAAAAAUGGUCCCAAAGACCCUAAAACUAUGGAAUUGGCUGAUUAUUGGUUGUUGGAAAAGGACUUGGUAUUAAAACUGUUUAAAGUGUUAGUCCCUCGCUAUUCUAACUACACCACCAGUUUUACAGACAUGUACAAACUGCCAACAGUUUAUCCAGGAAAAGAUGGAGCUCUUGGAAUUCUAGAAUUAAAAGGGAAUCCAUGGCCACCAGUUUUGCCUGAUCACAGAAGCAAAGAUCAAUAUCUUAUUAAUCAGUUAUUGGAAGCAGCCCAAGAAAAUUCUGGAAGUCGAUCAUCACUACAUAUGGAGGAAACUCAGCAUUUUCCACCAACAGACCAAAUUCUAAAUGAAAAUGCAGAAUCAGAUUCCUUGAUACAAAACUUUGAUCAAAUUAAUAUUCAAACAACUGAAAAUUCAAAUAAAUAACACAAACAGUUCAAAUAUUUAGAGAGGGAGAUAAAAAGAUUUACUGAAUGUCAUCAAAUGUAAAUUAACUUCUUAUAUUGGUCUGUUUGCCUUAAGAUUUGUGUUAAAUGUUUACAUUUUUUAAUAAAAUUAUUUAUAGACAUUUUAUUU